UUCAGAAUAGCACAUGGGUUCGACCUGUAAAUAAAUUAGUUGUAAUUAUUGUAAAUUUCUUGUAUUAUAUGUAACUGCACAACAGAAGCUAUAAAAGACAACCAUUCAUUUUUUCUCUAUUUUUUAUUUUAUUGUUCGUUGGCGGUUCUCAUUGUUGUAUCCGAUAUCAUUGCAACUUACAAUCAAUUAUCAGUUAAAUGAGGCUUUGAUGCAAAGUGAAUUUUUCACUUCACUUUCUAUCACGAACAUUUAUCAAGAGAAAGAGAAAAGUAUCAAAAGAUUACUUAAACAAAAAGUAACUUGAUCGAGCGCUCCAACCAACUACCAGUAGGCAAGCGAAUAGCAAUAUUUGAUCCCGAUAAAAAAGGCACCGUUGUUUGAGUCUAAUUCAGAAGCAGUGAAGUAUUUUUUCACGAAGUUGCUUCUAUACAGUGCAAAUCUGUGAAUUCCGUGUGGUCUGCAGCGUGCUUUUGUAUGAAUCGACUUUCCGCUUGACCGUUGACAAUCAAGAACUUUAUUAAAACAAAGACGAAAAAGUCUAGAAAGACUGAGAUCUCAUAAAAAAAUCGAAAACUCUCAAUCGUUUCGAGUGGCUAGCAGUUCAUUAGAAAGAUCUUCUGCACAACACAAACAAAAGAAGGUCAGUUGAGCCCAAGUAAAGAAGCAAGGUCAAGGUCAUUGGAGAUCUAUUAAGAAGCAUUGACGUGCGUGCUCUCGCUGUGUAUCCCUGUGAUUUGUAUGGUUGGCCAUAGUAAGUAUGGACUUGGAGCAGAAGAAGCAGCAGUGUGGAGUGUGGGCUAAAAAAGUGGAGAGUGCGUGUGAGGAAGACAAGUGGGGCCACGUAUUGGACGCUUCCGAUCAAUACCAACAGGUGCUGAAGUCUAUUGCGAACUCUGUUCACAUCCGUGAAGAUGGUCAGCUGGGGGACAACAACAAUGAAGGGGAGAUCAAGUGGACGGGACAGGAGACUGAGUUCCUGCAGAAUGUGGCCAUGUGUCUCAAGCAACGUGUAGACGUUUUGAUCCAGUCUCCGAUCUCAAAAGACAAGCAAUUCUCGCGCGACAAGGUAGCAGAAGUUAUUCCUCCAUUGCGCAACUUCUCACUUCGUCUCCCUAACUCACCGACCAAUCAGAAUAAUACGUCUGAAGGAGAUCCUGAGCAAGCGAGUAAUAGCAGACAGAGACAAAGGAAACAGUCGCAGCAGAUGUUGGCCAAGUGGAAGGAAGGAAGAGUAGUUGAGCUAGAUGCGAGUGCGGAGCAUCUGGAGAACAAUCUAGCAUCCAGUCGGAAAGAGUCACUGGUCGACUCCACAUUGAAGAAGAAGAAAGGAGUCGAAGAUGACGAUGGGCCUCUCUCUGUGGAUCCCUACGAAAUGACUGUGAAUACUGUAGUCGCUGUAUCUAAACCAGGCAAUUUGCUACAGCUACCUAAGAAAAAGCCUGGUGAAACCUUGUUGAGUGUGAGCAUAUUGAAAGUGGGUUUGAAAGAUGCCCACAAGACUCUGGAAACUUUCUGGACUGUGAGUGUGAAGGACACUGAAGGCAAAGAUGUGACUGAGAUCCAGGAGACACCCUCUUGUGGUGUAACUGAGCAAAACUAUAUCACAUUUGACACUGUUGUACACAUACAGAAACCAUUGGAAUCUUUGCCUGAGAAAUGGGCCAUCUUCUUCGAACUCAAACACUACAGAGUGGAGAAGAAUGCCUGCGGUGUUAAGUGUUGGGCCAUGUUGGAAAGUGAUGAAGUCAAAAAUCAUGAGGGCAAAAAAGGAACCCAUAAGCAGGACGUGAUUUUGGAACUGUACAAGAAACCGACAGAUUUCAAACGCAAGAAAAUGUCUCUCUUAACGAAAAAAGAACUCUAUCUUCACUUGCAGCUCACUACCGUUGCGUAACAGUGACUUAACUUCCGAAUCAUUUUAGUUGAUUAUUUACAGCGCAUCAUCAAUCAUCAAACAAUUUUUUGAAAAUCAUGGGUGCUGGUAAUUCAUUUUGAUUAUAAAUUGUGCUUUCUAGUAACAUUGGGUUCUAGUAGUAU